AUAUUGCUCUUUUUAGUCCCCUCUCUCUCUCUUUCAAUCUAGUAAGAGAAAAUGGAGCUUGGUCUAAGCUUAGGAGACGCCACAAACCCAUUUGGAGCCGCCGCCAACGCCACCGCCACCGCCAACAACCACCACAACAACAACAUCAGCAACAAAGGCUUAAGGUUAUGCAUGGCCUUGUCCAUCUCUCCAUCAAAUCAUGUAGAAGAACAAGAUCAUCCUGUUCAACAGCUUCAACUCUUACCAAACACUCCUGUUCCUCGUUAUGGAAGUGGUGUUGGUACUGAAGUGGGUUCUUCUUCUUCUAGAGGGUUUGAUGUGAACAGGUUCCCAUCUGUGUCGGCCGCGGCGGCGGAGGAUGGGGCGGCUAGAGUGUCCUCAUCUCCACCCAACAGUGGUGAAGAUGAGAACGGCAACACCAGAAAGAAACUCAGACUCUCCAAAGACCAAUCUGCUUUUCUUGAAGAAAGUUUCAAAGAACACAAUACUCUCAAUCCUAAGCAAAAAUUGGCACUUGCAAAGCAACUUAAUCUAAGACCAAGACAAGUGGAAGUUUGGUUCCAGAACAGAAGAGCAAGGACUAAAUUUAAGCAAACGGAGGUGGAUUAUGAGUGCUUGAAGAGGUGUUGUGAAACGUUGAGUGAAGAGAACAGAAGGCUACACAAGGAGCUUCAAGAAUUAAGAGCCUUGAACUCUACAAACCCUUUUUAUAUGCAACUUCCUGCUACUACUCUCACCAUGUGCCCUUCUUGUGAAAAAGUAGCCACCACCACCGCCGCCACCAGACCCACCACCUCCACCACAACCACCACCACCACCACCACCACCAGACCCAGUUUGUUCCCAUUCUCUCACAAACCAAAUAGUACCAAUAAUCCUUCAUAGAAUCAUAGUUGAUGCUGCUGGUGAUCGGGAUUAAUUUGUUUUAAUUUUGAUGUGUAAAUAUAGGGUUUUUCUUCAUGGGUUUGUUUAAUCUUCUUUUGGGGAAUUUCAGUUUCUCUGAUUUCUUUCAAGAUUUUGUGGUGAGAGGAACCAGACGGAAAACAGGAAGAGGGAAAAUUGUCCCUUAUUUUCCUUCAUUUUCUGGGAAAAAAGUUUGUAUCUUGGAAUGAAAAACACAAGGAAAAGUUUCAUUUUUUUGUUUAUUUAUUAUUGGAUAUUAAUUAAUGAUUUGUCUGGUUUA